GACAUACCGUCCUCGACGAACUAUUGCCAAUAGAAAGAGCGGUACACAAUGAAGCUCACUCCUGAUCUUCUCGCAAAUGCUCCGACAUAUAUCAAUCCUGUCAAGGACAGAGAGCUUAAUCUGAGAGGCAAGAAGAUCCCAGAGAUUGUCAAUCUUGGUGUGACAAAGGAUCAAAACGAUGCAAUUGACUUUGUCGACAACGACAUCCGCAGACUGGAUGGCUUCCCAAGGAUGCCGCACCUGUCAACACUGUUACUCGCACGGAAUCGAAUUUCAACUAUAUCGGCAUCAAUUCACGAAUCUCUGCCAAACCUUAAGAUAUUGAUUCUCACCUCCAACUCAAUUGCAGAACUUGCGGACUUGAAUGCGCUGUCAGGACUCAAGAAGUUGACGGUUCUGAGUAUCAUGGACAAUCCUGUCAGCAGAAAAGAUCAUUACCGCAGCUGGAUCAUUUGGAAAUGUCCGUCCGUGCGGAUCAUGGAUUUCCAGAGAGUGAAAGAUAAGGAGAGAGCAAAAGCGAAGGAGUUGUUCAGUACGGCAUCAGGAGAACCGACACCGCUGGCGGCGUCUAUUAUGGGAGUGAAGUCGAGAGUGUUUGAGGUUGGAGGCAGCGACGCAGCAGGAGGAGAGAAGGCCGCUGCACCCCUGAGAUUGACCGAGGAAGAGAGAAAACGCAUCGAGGAGGCGAUCAAGAGCGCGUCAAGCCUUGAGGAAGUGACAAGGUUAGAACGUGCCCUACGAGAAGGACGGAUACCAGAGUAGCCGCAGUAGC